AUGUUUUCAUUUUUUAAGGGCAGACAUAAUCCCAACUCUCCAAAACAUCGGGCAAAUGGCGCAACCUCUCAGAUAACUAUAGACGAGACUAUUUUAGAAGGGAAAAAGGCCAUUCAAUCCCUUGUAGACCGACAAACACUCCUAGAAGCACAAAUCAAGCAUGCAACGGAGGAGGCCAAGGCAAGGGCCGGUGUGGAAGAUAAGGCAGGAGCAAUCGCAUCUCUAAGGAAAAAGAAGCUUUAUAUGGAAGAACUUGCUCGUAUAAAUAAUUCAAUUGUCACAUUGGAAACACAGCAUAUCACUCUUGAAAGUGCCAGUAUCCAACAUACAGCAUACACGGCUCUGAGCAAGGGCGUUGAAUUGCAAAAGCAACUACAAGCCAAUAUGCCUAUUGAAAAGUUAGAUAGGCUUAUAGAAGAUAUGCAGGAACAACGCGAAUUUCAGGCGGAAAUUAACGAUGCUUUUAAUCAAAUAUACGACAACACAGAAUUCGACCAAGAUUAUGAUGAACUACUUAACGAAUGUAAAUUGGAUCCACCUAAACUUAACGAUACUAGUGUCGGUGCUACGCUAACGUAUGAAAAGCUUACAUGA